GUGGGCAAAAAUUUGUACCGGAUCCCGUGAUCUAUUUUUGCAGAGCCUGAGAAUUGAAGUCUGCACAUUUAACUUAAAAUGACGGGAGAAUCUAUAUCUGGUUGGGAGUUCGAUAAAUUUGACGACGGUUCUUUGAAAAUUGUUGGUGAGGUGCAGCUCAGGAAGUAUGGCAAGUUUCUUGAAGAGUAUGCCACCCAGUUGAAAGGAAUUGAAGAUGCCUUAGACGAAUCCGUAGGGGAUGUGUGGGACUUUACACUAGAUCCUAUCUCACUACAAUACUUGCCGUGUGAACAGACUUCAUUGCUGGACCUCAUCAAGACUGACAACAAGGUAUAUAUCUUCAACAAAGUCAUCACUGUAUUUGCAUCUCUUUGUUGUGAGGUUGAGCAGCUGAAAUAUGAGGCUCAACAUAAAUUCUACCCUGCACUUAUCUUCUAUGGAGAAGGAGAACCUGAGACAGGCUUGGAGGAAGGAGAGGCACAGGUUCAGAUGGGACGUCUUAUGCCCUUCUUACAGGAGCUGUCUUGCUACGUGAACCGUUGCUAUGAAGUUGUCAAGAACAUGGUGGACCAACUUGCUGCCUUGUACAACAAUGCAAAGACUGCACCCAAGAUCAUUGAUGUUACUCAUGUCCAUUUUCUUACAACCUAUGAGUACCUGGGUGAGCUCCUGCGUAUCUUGAUCACACUCGAUGAGAUAGUUGCCAAUCAAGCAACACUCAGGGAUCACUGGACGCUCUACAAGAGGAUGUUGAAGUCGGUGCAUCACAACCCUCAGAGGUUUGGGAUGGAGGAAUCCAAGCUGAGACCGUUUGAGAAGCUCCUCAUGGGACUCCAGGGUCAACUCUUAGAUGGCAUGAUCUUCCAGAACUGUGUUGAGCAGAACUUUGAUGACUGUGGAGUGACAGUGUCGAAGAAUACCUACUUCGCCGAGGAGUUUGCUUACAAUAUCAGAACCAUGUUUGCCAACACUGAUCCAAGGAUUGGUGAGGUGAAUGAGACAGACCAAAGACUGAAGUAUGUUGGUAUAUGUGGUCUCUAUGUACUCCACUAUCAGAUCUUCAGAGUCAUCGACAAAAAGGUCUUCAAAUCUCUCUGGGAUGUCUACAAAAAGAUUCCAGCCAUCACAUUGACAGCGAACAUCGUCUGGUCAGCCAACCAGUUCUUACUCAAGAGUCUCUCACCUCAUGUAGCUAGGUUGAUUGACAGGAAGGCACAGCAUCAUGUCCUACAGCAGACCAGUCUCUUCUUACAACAGAAGAGCCAGAAUCUACUCAAGGAGGUACAGGUGUACUACAUGCAGGUGUGUUCCUGGAUGGUUCGUAUGGAAUCCAGUCUAACUCAAGCCAAUACUGUCAUAGAGGACCUCACACACAAGUGCACUCUCUUCAUACAUGGGUUGCUGUUUGCAUACAACAUCAGCAACCUUGUUCACACUGUGAUGAACCUUCAUGCUCACAUGAACAAACCUAUGACCAAAACAGCCGUCCUUGCUCUGUGCAGACUCAUCGAGAUGCUUAAGAGCAUUGAGCACACCUUCCAUCGUCGUACCAUGCUUGUAGCUGAGUCUGUCACACACAUCAUACAGCAUCUUCAGUUCAUGGCCUUGGCGUCAGUCAACACAGCAAAGAAACGUAUCAUCUCAGACAAGAAGUACAGUGAGAAGAGGUUGGAUGCUCUCUCUGCCUUGGUGCUGGUGGAGAACGCUCUCAAUGGUCCAUCCACCAAAGAGAGGAGGUUGAUUGCCAAUCUUUCCCUUGCUGUAGGCACUCAAAUGAAAUGCUUCAAGGACGAUGAGCUGGUGUCCUUCAAGAGUUUGAUGAACAAGCUUGCUGCCAUCAGUGACCUCAGAACAAGAUUGCGGGAAGCAUGUAACUGCAGUUUCCUGUACUGGCAUCGUGUAGUCUUCCCUCUCUACCUGGCAGAUAGGUUUGAGAAUGCAGUGGAUGCUCAUAGGUUACAUUACAUGAUGGGUGCCUUAGCGGACUGUGUAGCACCCAUGAAACAGACCAGACAUCUAGACUCUAAUGGAGUGCUAUUGAAUUGCUUUGAUAGGGAAAUCAAUGGACAACUCAAAGAGCAUCUGCUGGAGCCACUGUGCCGUGCCGUUGAGACUGAUCUGCGUCUCUCGAUACACAACCACCUCCAGCUUGAUGAUAGGAAUCCGUUCAAGGUCACCCUGAAGGACAUCUCACACUUCCUCAAGAUGAAACCUAUCAGGUUCUUCAGCUACUUCAUCGACAUCAAAGCCCAUGUAACGCACUACCUGGACAAGACCUUCUACAAUCUGACCACGGUGGCGCUGCAUGACUGGAAGACGUAUGCCGAGAUGCGUAACCUGGCAGCACAGAAGUACGGUCUGGCGAUGACAGAGGCUCAUCUACCUACACAGACUCUGGAACAAGGUUUGGAUGUGUUGGAGAUCAUGAGGAACAUUCACAUCUUUGUGUCCAAGUAUCUCUACAACGUCAACAAUCAGAUCUUUGUGGAACGUUCCAGCAACAACAAACAUCUCAACACCAUCAACAUCCGUCACAUUGCCAACUCUAUCCGUACCCACGGUACAGGGAUCAUGAACACCACGGUCAACUUCACCUAUCAGUUCCUUCGGAAGAAGUUCUUCAUCUUCUCUCAGUUCAUGUACGAUGAACACAUCAAGUCUAAACUCAUCAAGGACUUGAGGUACUUCAGAGAGAACAAACAGGAGAUGAACCAGAUGUACCCCUUUGACCGAGCAGACAAGUUCAACAAGGGCAUCAGGAAGCUAGGUCUGACACCAGAGGGCGACAGUUAUCUGGAUCAGUUCAGGAACCUUCUCAGUCAGAUUGGUAAUGCGAUGGGGUACAUCAGGAUGAUCCGAUCAGGUGGUCUAAGAUGCUGCAGUAAUGCCAUCAGGUUUGUACCAGACCUGGAGGAUAUUGUAAGCUUUGAAGAACUGGUUGGAGAAGAGAAGCUAUCACCUGAAGUCACACAAGCUGCAAGGAAUCUUGACAAUGUAAUCGGAAACCUGACAAAGAACUUUGCUGAGGGAACUGAGUACUUCAAGAUGUUGGUGGAUGUGUUCUCACCAGAGUUCAGGAAUCCUAAGAACAUGCAUCUCAGGAACUUCUACACCAUCCUUCCUGCCUUGACACUCAACUUUGUAGAGUACUCUGUGAGCUCCAAGGAAAAGUUGAACAAGAAGAACAAGAUGGGAGCAGCUUUCACCGAUGAUGGGUUUGCCAUGGGCGUGGCAUACAUUCUGAAGCUGCUAGACCAGUACCAAGAGUUUGAUUCCCUUCACUGGUUCCACUCGGUCAAGUUCAAGUACAACAAGGACAAGGAGACAGUAAGGAAGCAGAUGGGAGGAGAUGAGAAGCUACAUAACACAGCACAACUCACCAUCAAGAGACUGGACACAUACCAAAGGGAGUUUGAUCUGCUGUACUACAGUUGGAGCAGUGCAAGGAUCUUCUUCAGAGCUGACAAGACAGCCGCUGAAGAGCAGGAGGAGAAGAUUGAGAAGGAAGAGAGAGAAAACAAAGCCAUAGAGGGCGCACCACAAGAGAGACUAGCCCUGACUGCACCAGCGACCAACAAUACACCAGCUAUCGCAGCACCGCCAACUUCCAACUUACCUGCCAUUAUGGCCAGCUAGGUUCGUCAUACUAACAGGAGAAAUGGCACAGCUUGCUUAGAUCUGGUACAUGCACCAAAUCUACCUAUUCAAGGAUGAUACAAUAUACAUCGCCCGUCGUGAUAUAUAGGCUUUGCAGGGAAUGAGUACCCUCUAAAAUAGUAAUGAGUUUUACAAGUUAGAGUUUAUCAUGUUAGAAACUGCACAUGUAGAAAGGGAUGAAGGUAAGGCAACCUCCUUCUAUAGAGUAAAAUUCAGUGGAAGGGGUCAAUUCGUUUAUUUUAAGUUGUGCCAUUAUCUAUCUUGUAUUGCACAAUGCACAUGGUCCAUUACCAAAACUGUAUUACUUUGUGGUGGAUAAGACUGCUGCAUUCAUAUCAAUUACAGAUUAUAAGAGUGCUUUAACUAACAAAUUUUAUUGUGGCAGUUAUUAUUUUACCUUUGAAUUUAAAAAUUUGAAAAAUUACUGUAUUGAAAGUGCUUUACGUCACCUUGCUUUGCGGAUGUAUAUGAUUCAUACCGACAAAAUAUGUUAUAUGCUUUUACAGUUGAUGAGGAGUAAAUUAUUCAAUCAUAUUUGCCUGUAGAAAAUAAGUGCAACUAAACUGUACCUCAGAUGAUCUACCGGUAAGUGAUUAUCAACAGGGUUGAAUUUAGAUCGAGUACAUGGUAGUUUUAUGAUCAAGAAGUCUGGCAUGUGAACUGUUUUUUUUACAGUUUUUACAGUUUUUGAAAGUGAAAUAUAUGGUCACAAAUAUAGCAUUCCUUUCUUACUGUUUAAUUUAAUUUGUCUGUGGAAUAAGCUUCACAACGAAUAUUUGUAGAUUUGAAAACUGAAGAGAAGAAUCUCCACCAAUCUUCAAGUUUUUUAGUAUGAAUGAUAUCAUGUAUUUAAAUUGUGUUGUACAAUGUUGUAAAUAUCAAAUUUCAAAUGUAACAGAGAUAUAUAAACAUUGUUUUAUACCAUAGACUAAAUUGCAUGAAAUAUAAUCUAAAGAAUGCAUGAAGAAAGAAGCAUUAUUUAAUUCUAAACUGAAGCCUGAAGCCAAAUAUAUACUUAUUGCAAGAAACCAUUUAUUCUUUGAUAUAACACUGUAUUACUACAUGUACUUGUGUGAAGCCAAGAAAGAUUGUUUAAAUCACUGGUAUGCGAAAUAAGAGAAAGCUCAGUAUCAUCCCAACAGUUUUAUCUGGUCAUCUGAAUUUGUAGUCAAAUCAAACAAUCUAUUAAGUUCUGAAAUAUUAGACAAACUCUUUAACUUCCAAAACUUGAAGAAGAAAAAAAAAUUGCCCUAAAAUAUAAAAAUAUAGUAGAUGCAGAAGAUUUUAUCAAUUUUGAGGAAGCUUUUCAAGAGUACAUUGUGCAAUCCACUGUUUUAAUAGGGAAAAUUGGUAAAAGAAAAGAAAAAACAGUGCUUUUGUAAUAGAAAGUGUGACCAAAAUGAAGACAUUAUUUGUUGGCCAUUGUAUUGUUUAUCACAGUAAGUUUGUUUAAGUCCAUUGAAAAGGAGAGACUUUAUUUGAGAAGUUUUAUCGCUUUCACCCUAAUGAAUUUUCUUCAGAAACAUGUGUGAUAAUUGAGUAUUUCAUUGUACUCAACCACUACCACCAUCCCUCCCCCCUCCACGAAAAAUUCUUAAUAUACACAAUGUAUAACAUGCUUACCAUGUGCAACAUACAGUGUAUAUUGUAAAGAACCACUUUGCCAAUUUCUGUACGAUAUUUUUGUACUGGUUUCUACUCCCAUUGUAAUAAGUCAAGAUUAUGGACACUUUGAUGGAAAAUAUGUUACUUUAGAAAGAUAUAGAAUCUGUAUUUUCAAGGAAGAUGCAGUCUUUAUUAAAUGCUUGAAAUAAAGAGACAAAUGAAUGCAAUCGGA